UAAUACACGAUUUUAAAGCUAAUGAAAACCGACAUCAUAAACAGAUUUUUCCAAACGGAUUACGGUUCUGAUACCCAGAAACAGAAUCAACUUUCAAACUCCGAAAUCUCUGGUUCUCAUACAAUGCUGCUGUCGGCCAUCCCCAAUUGCAACAGCAGCUUCAUUUCCACUGCUCCAAAUCAGAAAAAGGGGAAGCAAGAAGCUGAAGCCCAAUUAGUGGUGAAGCCACAUCAAGAAUUGAAGUUUGUACAAAGAUUAGCCCCACCUUUAUUCGCUGCAUUUCUAGCCUUAUCUCCUAUCAUCGCUCCCCCAGUGUCAUAUGGCCAAGCAAUCGAUGUACAACGAGGAGCUUCAUUGUUUAACCGUGCUUGCAUCGGAUGUCAUGAUGCUGGUGGAAACAUAUUACAACCUGGUGCAACUCUGUUUCUGAAAGAUCUUCAAAGGAACGGAAUUGACACUGAAGAGGAAAUUUACCGGAUAACAUAUUAUGGAAAAGGGAGAAUGCCUGGGUUUGGAGAGAUGUGUACACCGAGGGGUCAGUGCACAUUUGGAGCUCGUUUGCAGGAAGAUGAAAUAAGACUUCUGGCUGAUUUUGUGAAGUCGCAAGCAGAUCAAGGAUGGCCAAACAUUGUAAACAAUGGAGAUUGAGCCAUUCAGGUGUCAUGAUAUUGUUGGUGAAGAGUAACCAACUUUUACCAUUAGAGACAUCGUUUUAUGAGGUUAAGCUCUAUGUUUUGUGAUUAGUUGGAUAAAAAAAAGUAGAAGGGGAGUCUAUGUUCUAAAAGGUGAAUGUACACGACACGAGUAGAGGUGAGUGCCUUUAGGGGGCUUUUAGUAUGGCGUUUUUGCGCAUCACACCGCCUCCUGUACUGGGAUGCUUUCUUUUCUUUUUUGAAGCCCAUAUCCCUUAAAACCUAAGCUAUCAAUAGGAUUCCAGCUUCCUCAUAUAUGUAAUCUGUUUUGUGAUGCUAUAUUAAUGUCUCAUUUGUGUACAUAAUGUUUUUUGAGGCUU